GCUCCGUGUGAACCGGGAAGAGGUGGGGGCUGUGGUCAAACCCACCACGACCUAAACAGCACCAGGAGGGAGAGAGGAGAGAGGAGGGAGGACAGCCGCAGCCCGCAGCAGCAGCAGCAGCACCCGCAGCCCCGCUUUCAGCCUGCAUGGGCUACUCGCUUAGCUAGCUUAGCAUCGUCCGACUGCGCCGCACCGCUUCUCCAGCCGCCGAGAACCCCCGGGUUGUUAUCUCCGUGUUUUCCUCUCCGUCCCACCCCCAAUCCUUGCCUGCCCCACUGCCUGGCUUCAAGAUGAUGAAGUUUAGGUUUCGUCGGCAGGGCACCGACCCACAGAGAGAGAAGAUAAAACAGGAGCUUUUCGCCUUCAACAAGACUGUGGAGCAUGGGUUCCCUCAUCAGCCCAGUGCUUUGGCCUUUGACCCCAAGCUGGAACUUAUGGCCAUCGGGACAAAGUCAGGAGCCAUCAAAGUCUACGGGCACCCUGGUGUGGAGUUCACAGGACUACACAAAGACACCACAGCUGUCACACAAAUCCUCUUCCUGCCUGGACAGGGCCGUCUGCUGUCGCUGCUGGAUGACAACACGAUCCACCUGUGGGAGCUGGUGGCCGGCGCCCCUGGAGAGAUGGGCGGGGUUAAGAGAGAAGGCGUGGUCUGUCUGCAGGAAGUGGACAGCUACAGCCUCCCAGGAAGACCUGGCAUUGAGAGCUGCAGUGCCACGCGGGUGACGGUCCUUCUCUUGCUGAGGUCAUGCGACCUGCUGUGUAUGGGAACAGAGGGAGGGGGCGUGUACUUCCUGGAGUUGCCCCGCCUCUCACUGAAGGACAACCAGACGCUUCUUCAGGAUCAGGUUACACUGAGCCUGCCAGAUGAUUACAGAUGUGGGAAAUCCUUAGGGCCGGUGGAAUCUCUUCAGGAACAUCCUCAGCAGUCAGGGAAGAUUCUGAUUGGCUACAGCCGGGGCCUGGUGGUCCUAUGGGAUCUGAGCACCCGUCAUACAGAACAGCUAUUCCUGGGCAAGCAGCAGCUGGAGAGCCUGGUGUGGGAACGCUCUGGAAACUUAUUUGUCAGUUCCCAUAACGAUGGGGGCUACUCCGUGUGGGCUGUUACUAAUGGCAACGUCUACAAUCACCAGCCGGUGUCCUCCACCAUCCCAUACGGUCCAUUCCCCUGCAAGGCCAUCAACAAGAUCUUGUGGAGAACAACACAGACAGGCUCUCCAGUAUUGUUAUACAGCGGAGGGAUGCCCAGAGCCAGCUACGGUGACCGCCACUGUCUGACCAUUCAGCAAGACAAAGACCACGUCACUUUUGACUUCACGUCCCGAGUCAUCGACUUCUUCACUGUCCACAGCAUAGAUCAAGAGAAAGAGUUUGAUGAGCCGUCUGCGUUGGUAGUGUUACUGGAAGAGGAGCUGGUCGUGAUUGACCUCCAGACCCCAGGGUGGCCCUCUAUGCCCACCCCCUACCUGGCUCCUCUCCACUCCUCAGCCAUCACCUGCUCCUUCCACAUCUCCAGCGUCCCUCCCAAACUCUGGGAGCGGCUAGUCAAUGCUGGCAAAGCACAGCAGGGCCGGCAACACGCACACGGGAGUUGGCCCAUUUGUGGAGGUAAAAACCUGGCUCCUCCACCCAAACAGCAAGAGCUGCUAUUGACCGGGCAUGAGGACGGCACUGUGCGUUUCUGGGAUGCAUCAGGUGUUGCUCUCACUCCGAUGUACAAGCUCAGCACAGCCAAUGUCUUCCACACCGACUGCGACCCUUGCGACGAUCCUCAGGACGCUAGCGACGACCCCGACAUGCAGCAGGAGGAGGAAUGGCCUCCCUUCAGGAAGGUGGGCUGUUUUGACCCGUACAGCGACGACCCCAGACUGGGCAUCCAGAAGAUCAGUUUGUGCAAAUACAGCAACAAGCUGGUGGUGGCCGGAACUGCUGGACAGGUGAUUGUUCUGGGUCUGAGUGACGAGCGUUCGGACCACUUGGUUGACGUGUCGGUGGUUGAUCUACUGCAGGACAGGGAGGGCUUCACCUGGAAGGGCCAUGACAGGCUGGAGCCGCGCCUUAAACCCGCCCCCUUCCCUCCCGGCUUUCAGCCACUGGUGCUGGUGCAGUGCCUGCCCCCGGCCUCUGUUACGGCGGUGGCUCUGCAAGCCGAGUGGAACCUGAUCUCCUUCGGGACGAGUCAUGGAUUCGGCCUGUUUGACUACCACAGGCGAAAUGCUGUGCUCGCCAGAUGUACCCUGCACCCUAAUGACUCCUUGGCGAUGGAGGGGCCCCUGUCCAGAGUCAAGUCCUUGAAGAAGUCCUUACGACAGAGCUUCAGACGCAUCCGCAAGAGCAGGGUUUCGGGGAAGAAACGCACCAUCACCACCACACCCACCAGCAAGGUCCAGGAGGCCAACGCUGCUCUGGCAGAGCAGGAGGACGUGGCUCCGAUACAGCGAAGGAUUGAACCCCGGUCAGCAGACGACUCGCUGUCUGGAGUGGUGCGAUGUCUCUGCUUCGCUGACACCUUUCUCCGUGACGGUACACACCAUGGCCCCACACUAUGGGCGGGCACCAACUCAGGCAGCGUGUAUGCCUACGCUCUGGAGGUGCCCGGCGUCGGUUUAGGGCGUGCGUGCGAGCGGGGCGGAGCGGGCGAGAGCAGUGUGUGCGUGGAGGCAUUGUUGGGGAAAGAGAUCCAGUUGAUGCACAGGGCCCCCGUGGUGUCGAUUUCUGUGCUGGACGGCCGGGGGAAACCGCUACCGGACCCGUACGAAGCCUCCCAGGACCUCGCCAUCGCGCCGGAAAUGACCAACGCUCACUCGGUCCUCAUCGCCUCAGAGGAACAGCUAAAGGUGUUCUCCCUCCCCAAGGUGAGCGCUAAGACCAAGUUCAAGCUGACGGCGCACGAAGGCUGUCGGGUGAGGAAGGUGGCCCUGGUGGUGUUCAGCUCCACAGCUCAGGAAGACUACAGCGAGCACACACUGGUCUGUCUGACCAACCUGGGCGACAUGCACCUCUUCAACAUACCUGGCCUCCGACCACAGGUGCGCUACGACUGCAUCCGCAAAGAAGACAUCAGCGGCAUUGCGUCCUGCGUCUUCACCAAGAACGGACAGGGGUUUUACUUGAUCUCUCCCUCAGAGUACGAGAGGUUCUCUCUGUCUGCCAAGGUCUUCACUGAAGCACUCUGCUCUGUUCAGGUGGACCGACCGCUAGAGCCCACACCUGCCAGCGAUGGUAUGACGACGCAGCCGCAGGCCAACGGAACCCACAAGAACCAGAUGGGUCAGGCUGAGGGGCAAACAGAAGAGCCUCCAAGCUCCCUGUCGUCUCCCAUCCUGGACACCCCACUGGACUCCCCCCUCAGCUUUGCUGACCUCACCCUCGACUCGACCGGAGAAAUCACUGCGGAGGACGUCAGGGAUUUUCUAACCACUGUGGACGAGGCAGAGAAUAACCUGAAGAACAUUAAAGAGGAGGAGGGACGCUCAACUGGCAUCCUCAUUAACUGAACAAGGACCGGCGCGAAUGGUCUGGAUGGACCGGAUUUCAGUGCUGGACCACAAACAUCUCCCAUCAUCCCACUGUGGAGCCCCCCCCGCCAGCACUCUGCACUCUCCUGUUAGCUUGGCACAAACUGGGAGGAAAGCCUUCACACGGACAAAGAAUACAGCAUUAAAGACUCUUGUUGUUGGUUCCUCCCACUGGAGGAGCUUCAUCUUCUUCUUAUAUAACCACUUUGGAAACAUGACGUUGCCUCCCACAUGGAACUAGAGGCAGCCUACCCAGCACAGCGUGGCGCCUGGAUGGACUUGGAGCAAACGAUUCUGAUUUCAACCACUGAAAACUGAACUUCCCGUCAUCCGUCUUGACGCUCUGUGUGGUCCUUCCUCCUUGGCCUUUCUUCCCGUGGUGACCCGAUGGUUAUGAAGCGCUCUCCAGGCGGAAUGACUGCGGCUCAGGCUUCGAGGAAAGGGCUGUUUAACGUCCCGCAUUAGGAGACUUACCAGUGACGUUUCUGGGUUGUUGUUUUUUUAUUUUUCUCUCCACAGUUUUUUGGCGUGCUUGGAUCGGUCUGAGGUUUUUUCCCCCCACAGUUGGAACUGGAAUUGGCGCUCAGUCGCCAAACGCUCUUGUUGAUUCCUCGUGCACACUAGUGGAUGUGUUGGAUUGUUUUGCACGCUGUUAACACCACCAGAGCCCUGUGAAUGACCCGUGUUUAUGAAAUGAGGAUAUCCAGCAGAGACUGAAAGGGAUUAUUGUCAAGUUCAAGAAGACUAGGAAAUGAAGUAUUUUGAAUAUUUGAGCGUUAAAGGCUGUACAAUUUGCAUUCUCCCCCCCCCACUCCCUUCUGCCAUUAGGUGCAGUUGAAUUACUUCGCCCAGUGUCCUACGUGAGCCGUGGUGGUGCAGAAAUCGUUUUCACAUCUGUGGGCCGAUAUGUACACACAAGCACAUCACCGCUAAGGUUUUGAGAAGCUCUCGGUCUACUCUCUUGGUAUUGAAGAACAAAGUACUUGGGGGGGUGCAAGAGGAAAUGAUUCACACCAAUUUCAAAGGGAACCAACUGGGGAAGAGGGAAGCGAAGGCGGUACUAUGUAUGAAGGACUAGAGCAGAUUUUGAAAUACCUUUUUAUUGUUAAAGACAUGGCCUGAGUUGCAAAUAAAUCCUUUAUCUUUCAGUCAAAAUUUGAUGAAUUCAGUUUUUAUCAGGCGUGAGCUCAGAGUUCACUGUAAUCAAUGUUGUGGUUUGGUCAAAUCUUAAGGAUUGAAGAAAAGAUGAGCGUUCUCAGUGAUUAAAAAAAUAAAUAAAGAGAAGGUAAAGAAUGUGGUGAAAUGGAUGAGUUGUUACAUCCUCCCUCCUUAGAUCAUCUCAUGCAGAAUUCUUGUUGACGGGACUCAGGGAAGUGUGGCAAGGGAAGCUAAGUGAGUCUGAAUGCUAAGUGUAAUGUACUGUGUACUGUGAUGCACCCAAGAGAUUUCUUUUGUGGGUUUCUGUGAAUCGGUGCAUUCUGGGUAAUAUUGGCUAGAUGCACAGCUUUGAUCACUAGUAUUUUUAACCCUUUAAAAAAAAAAAAAAAAACGUUUUACUGUGUAAAAAGAAAAAAAAUAUAUACAGUAUCUAUACCUAGGUUUACAGAAGACAGGUUUAUAACGGCAAGCCCAUGAUAGAGUAAAAUGAUCAAACUUUGUAGAACCUGUCACAGCCUAAAAAACCGCUCAGUAUUCCAGCUUUUUGAUCACCUCACUUAAAACAAAAUAAAAAAA